AUGAACACCGACCUACUUGUCGUGUGCUGCGAUCGCGCGGAACUUGUAACCGUUAUCAAAGGGCAAGAACCGCUGGCGCGGACCGAGCAAGUGGGGGUGUGUACGCGGGACGUCGACCCGUCGUCAACGGAAUCGAUUCCUUCGUCACAGCUUCAGCCAUGGCUCCGAGCCAAUUCCAAGGAGGCGCGGGAUGGUAUCGCCGCGAAUCUCGCCAUGAACGUGCUGGCGGAUAAAAAUUGGGACGGAGACCAAAAGCCAACUGGGACCGUUGCGUUUUACGGUGUUGGAGGUGAGGUUGGACUGAGAGAUGUGCAACAGUACAAUGAGAUGUCUGAGGCUUUCGGCGCCGACGGCGAGGCGGAUGAGGGGGGGUGGUAUGGCUCGGGGCCGGAACAUCUCCUGCACUUCCGAAACGGGUCUACGUCAGGUACGGUUGUCCAGCGAGAGGGUGGACCGGACGUUGGCGAGUACAAUGAGAUGUCUGAGGCUUUCGGCGCCGACGGCGAGGCGGAUGAGGGGGGGUGGUAUGGCUCGGGGCCGGAACAUCUCCUGCACUUCCGAAACGGGUCUACGUCAGGUACGGUUGUCCAGCGAGAGGGUGGACCGGACGUUGGCGAGGUUGAGCUUCCUGUCGCUCAUUUUAUCGUGUGGGCGGAGAAGUACUGGGGAAAGAAGUUGGACAAGUGGCUCGUCACAUCAGUCGACACGGACUUGUGGAUUAUCAUCCUCUUGGCAAUGAGCACCGGCAAAAUCCUGCCUUAUGGUAUCGAUAAGGUGGACGUUACCGUGCAGAGGAUUGUUGGGGGAGCUGCGAAGUUCCUAUGGGUCAACCGAGUAUACAACAAAAUCGCCGACCUCAAGGACGGGAGCGAAUCUGCGUGGCCGGCGGCAGACUUCCAAGGCUGGACUCCCACUGCUGACGAGAAGGUCCGCCUUUUCGUUCUGAUCUACCUUUUGGCGGGCUGCGACUUCCUCCCUGCCAUUUCCGGCCUGCCGUUUUACAAAAUGUGGAUACUUGCUCUGAAAAGCGUGCGGGCUGAGGGCGUGUUCAACCAUGCCCUAUUCGUGAUGGAGGAUGGGGUGUGGACGGUGAACAUAGAGCAGAGCAUCAACCUUCUCGCGAUCAUUUUCUACUUCAGGUACGAGGCAGCAUUUGCCGGUGUUGCGACCACUCCAGGCGAUCUGCUCCGCAGCGUGAAUGACAGCGUUAGGAACUACGUGGACCUCAUCCGAGUGGCCAUCGUCAAGCUUGGCAAGAAGUGGACGACAGACACCUGUCCGACUUAUAGGUCGAUGCGCGAGCAAUGCCUGAGGAUGAAGUCUGUCGACGGGUACUGGCAAGAUGGAUUCAAAGACCACAUGCCAGAACGAGACUUCAACAGAAAGGGUUGGGGUAUCGACCCCAAGGCGAAGGGCAGCAACGCGUCAGCACUCACAGGAGAGAAUAGCGUUAUGUGGAUGUCGGAGCAUUCUUACAUCGGUCCCGAUGGGAAGAUGGUCACGAUGACGUGCGGUUGCGACCCGGUGAAGGCCUUUAAGCAUAACUGUAGGGGGUGCGGGUGCAAAGGGCGCAAGUGCUCCCUCGCUUGCGGCUGCAGGGGCCGUUGCCAUUUGGCUCGCCAGCCUGUACCUGGUGCACCGACCGGCCAGGCCACGUACUCCGGUCCUGCCGGUGCUGCACACUCCGCAGUCGUUGCCAGCGCCAUGACGGCUCUUCUGGCGUCCCGGAACGCUAGAACGGACGAGGAAGAGGAAGACCCGGACGAUCCCGGUUCGGACGAUGACGACACCGGCCUCGGACGAUUUUCUGGAGCUGGAAGCGGAAGAGUCGGCUGACAGCGACUUAGACUCUGAUGAGUCCGACCUUGGGUGGGGCGGUGUCGGUGGGGUCAAUGCUCAGGACGAUGCAAACUCUGAGGGCGAAGCAUGGUUCUGACCGAGUCUCAUCAGGUGUGCUUGGCCAUCCUAUCGCUGUUCAUUUUUCUUCUUGUGUGGACAUAUGCGAGUAUUGAUGUCGCCUAUAUUUUGUUCGUCACCUAGUGAUCAUGUUGGUGUAUCGCGCCGGUGCCAUACGAGCCCACAUAAUGCGGUCUGCGUAUCGUGUUUCAGGGUUUAGGCAGUAGCACGGCGGGGUUUCGGGAGUAUUGAUUAUGUCUCCCUGCGCUUAUU